AUGGAACUGACCAUAAACGAGCUGGUAGGCGCCCUCCUCGUCGGCGCCUCCAUGAUCCUCUCCACCCACUCCCUCUCUCGUAUGAUCUUCCUCCGUCGUUCCGGUUCCAAAUACCACCUCUUCCCCAUUAUCAACGUUGCCCAAUUCAUCAACGAGUUUGCAGUCUUCUUCCUCAUCACCACCGUCUUUGAUAUUAUCUCCCUCGACACCGCCCUCUGGCUCAACGUUAUCAACAAUGUCUGUUACUUCAUUACCAAGCCGACGACCAUGUACUUGGCUUACCUUCGGUGCUCGGCUGUCUUCCCAGCGUUCAAGAAGUUCAAUUGGUUGCAUUUUUUCUUGAUUGGCUUCCGGGCGAUCGAGUUGUUCGCAAUCAUUAUUAUCAACAUUGUGCAGAACUAUCUGUGUGACGGGUCGGUUGCGGCGGGGACGCGGUGUGCGCCUUUGGCGAUUGCUUGGACUAUCCGAGAUGUUGGUGCGCCGGUUUUCAGAGGGUACUAUAUCCUGUGCGAGGUUAUUUUCUACGUCAAGUUGUUCCGAACCUUGAAGGGUAUGUCGGCCGGGAAGAAUGUCCAGCUCAAGCAGUACCGUCAGCUCCAGACCAGUUUGUUCACCGUCGACUUGCUCCUGUUGAUCUUCAUGUCCAUCUUCCGGAUCAUUGGCAUCUUUGACAAGACCCUGCCGCCCUACGUCUAUAUCGAGCUCUUCUCGUCGACCCUGACGAUCUUUACCCUGACAGAGUUUGGACUCAACAUCCGAAUCUUGUUCAACACCGUCCAGGAGCCCAAGACCGGAUCUGAGGCCACGUCGAGCCCUUCCAAGCUCGAGAUGGCUUCUAUCAAUGCCAGCAGUGGUGGACACUCUGGUAAUCCUAAUGGUGGGCAUGGGACCCAUGUGACGGUCAACACGACCAUGGGAUCUGCGGCCCCCACGAGCUUCAAGAGUUUUGAGCAGAAUGCUCAGAACCAGUUCUCGUCGUCUCGUCCUCGUCCUCUGACCCAGAACUCGACUUCACCCUUGACGUCUCACGCGGCCGAGACGGGUUACAACAGCGAUUACGACCUGACCGGUUCUGGCGCUAACUCUACCACCGCCACCGGUUCCCCCUCCGCCAAUAACCGUCCUGUAUCCCCAGUCGUCAUCAACCACUCCCAACAACGCCCAUCCCUCCAACUUCAAUACCAACAACAGCAACAACAACAACUCCAACAGCAACAACAACAAUUCCAACACAACCAACGGGUCGUCGACGACUUCCAAGACUACAUCCCUUACGGCUCCAUCAAUACUCACAGCACAACCGCAACCCCGGUCCCAAUCUCCCACCAUGCAAGUCAAGACUGGCUUCGUAGCCAACCCUCAAACUCCAACAAACAACAGCUACAGUUCGGUGGUGCCACCCCCAUAGCAUCGCCAUCGUCGCCCUCGUCGCCCUCGUCACCCUCGUCGUCCGGGUUCCCGAGAGGUCACCAAUCUCCUUCCUCGAUUGGCGGAUCCUGGUCCUUGAACUUCGCCGGUUCUGCGGCUGUUAGUGCAACCGGUGCAAGUGGUAUGGUGACACCUCCCGAACGGUCCCACGCCCGUCCCCGCCAGAACUAA